GGGCAGGAUUGUCCCUUGGGCAGCCGCGUUAGAGUAGAUUCUCCAGGAAAGGCACAGAGACGGCUGGCUACCCCAAUAUUUUCUCGCGUAUAUUAAGAUCGAGGUGCCUUCGUUCGUUGCAGCCAUUAUUUUCUCUUCACCUCAUCGGUUCAUCUGACCAUCCUACCUUCGCUACAAACACCAGUCCUCAAUACUACAAAGACGACAAUUCAAUCGUUACCACAUUCAUUCUGCUUCUUCUUUUACCACACAAAACCAACCCACCCAAAAUGCAGUUCAUCUCUACCUUCCUCGCCCUGGCCGCCACCGCCUCGGCCGCCACCCUGGUGCCCCGCCAGCAGGCCUUCUUCGUCAAGUCCUUCCAGGCCGCCUGCAUCCCUCACAGCGUGCGCUGCACCUACUCGUUCAACAUCACCUCGGACCCGGCCGUGUUCCCCGAGGGCUCGCACUGCGAGAUCACCCUCAACGGGCCCGACAAGCUCCCGGCCGUCACCCAGGCCCCGUGCGACAACAGCCCCUUCAAGUUUGACGUCAAGCCCCAGGACGGAGGCCUCUACCUGGCCGCCUCGCAGCCCAUCAACUCGCGCACCAACCAGGACUACUGCCACAAGAUCCCCGCCGACCAGCUGGUCACCGACAACAACGGCGCCGUCCAGACCCAGAGGUACACUGGGCCCGCCGAUUUCCAGGUCUCCAUCUUUGAGUGCGACAGGAAGUAAGGGGAGAGAGAUUGGGCGCAAUGAGAAACAAGGAACAAUGUCUAGGGUAUCACGGGGAAAUGUCUACUGUUUGACCUGUGCUGCCAACAAUCAACUCAUAGAGCCUUGGAAUUGAUAUAGUUUUGAACCAUGAUAUGACUAUGUUUGACAGUGAUGAGAUGUGCAUGAUGAAGAAACGGAGGUGCAUGAAAGCGGCGACUCGCAUAGGGUAUUUUAAGUGUUGCUGAAGCAAAAAGAAGAAAAAAGAAAUUAACAUAAAAAAGAGGUUAUGUGUUGAUGGAAACAAAAAGUCAAGCUUUUUUCUCGCAUUUGAAAAAUGAAAGCAUAAUAUAGUUUGCAUUAAGUUUACAUCGUUUUUUUAUAUCUUAUUUGACAGUCUAUCCCUAAUCCCAUUUUCAUCUUCAUGAUUCGAAAUGAGUUUCGCU